AAGAUCCAUGGAAAAUUUGAUGCUUCGAAUCGGCGUUGGAAUCGGCGAUGGAAUCGAAUUCUCAGACAAUCCGGACCUUCUAAUUUCGCUGGAUCUUCGAUGCGGCCUGUGUAACGACUCGCGCGAUGCCGCCUUGUCUCCAAUUGCAAACCACAGUUCCGAAGAUGAUUGCAAGUCAAACUACUCUAGUCCGCAUUUUACUAUGCAACACAUCAUUUCAAUAGUGGUUCCCAUUAUUUUUGGAGUGAUUGCCAUACUUGGUUUCAUUGGAAAUGCUCUUGUUGUUGUGGUGGUUGUCGCCAAUCAGCAGAUGCGUAGCACAACGAACCUACUCAUCAUCAAUUUAGCACUGGCUGACCUUUUGUUUAUUGUGUUUUGCGUUCCCUUUACCGCCUCCGAUUACGCAUUGCCAUUUUGGCCCUUCGGCGAAGUUUGGUGCAAAAUUGUACAAUAUCUGGUUAUUGUGACCGCAUACGCCAGCGUGUAUACGCUAGUCCUGAUGUCACUUGAUCGUUAUUUAGCUGUCGUUCAUCCAUUCACUUCAAAGUCUAUUCGAACGAAAGCCAACACUUUUUGGGCCAUUGCUGUCACCUGGGUAGUUAUAUUUGCGGCGUGUGUUCCAUUACUCAUGGCGCACGGGCAAGUUGUUUACGUCUUUGAUGACGAACAAUAUUCCUUAUGCCAAUUUUUGCAAAAGGAAGGAUGGAGUCAUCACGUGUUUCAGAGCACCUUUUUUGCAACAUCUUACGCAAUCCCACUGUUGCUGAUUUGCGCGUUGUACAUUAGCAUGCUCUUACGAUUAUGGAGAAAGGAAGCUCCAGUAGGGCGUGCUUCGGCUGAAGUCCAACGUGGUAAGAAAUUACGUGUUACCCGCAUGGUAUGCAUAGUAGUCGGCAGUUUUGCCUUGUGUUGGUUUCCCAUUCAACUGUUUCUCGUUUUGAAGAGUUUGGCCUUGUUUGAAAUCACACCUUUCACUGUUAUGAUACAAAUCAGUUCCCACAUAUUGGCCUAUAUGAGUUCGUGUGUAAAUCCUUUUCUGUAUGCGUUUAUAUCUGAUAAUUUUCGGAAAGCCUUCCGUAAAAUUGUUUACUGCCCUAGGAAAGAUUGAUGUUGGAAAUGUCCCUCAUGAGUA